UUUUUUUGAAAAUGCUGUUGAAAAUAGUACUAGCACUAAUAUUUAUUGUCUUCUUACAGACGCAAUUAACCGUGACCUCGCCGAAUGGUCGUUCGGUGAGUUUUAAAUUAAAUGGACGCAUAAUCAAUGGCACCCGAGCCGAACUGAAUGCCACCAAACAUCAGGUCUCAAUACGUCGACGCACUAGCGAUGGUUAUUUCUUUGGCACAGGACAUCUCUGUGGCGGCUCGUUGAUCAGUUCGAAUGUAGUGCUCUCAGCUGCGCAUUGCUUCGUGAAUUAUGAUAUCAACAAUGGCACUUAUCGUCCGGUUACAGAUUAUAUUGUUGUGAUGGGUAAUUUGGAUCGCUUCCAACGCAAUGAAUAUACUUUAAUAUUUGAUAUCAAACAAAUUAUAUAUAACAUGAGUAUUUUCAAUCUGACUACUUAUGAGAAUGAUAUUGCUUUGGUGUUUCUGAAUGACUCGGUGCCCGUGAAUUACACCAGAGCUGCAGCAAUUAAAAUGAACUCCCAGCAAGUGGCCGAUAAUACCGUUUGUCAGGUGACAGGGUGGGGUAGUACAGAGGAGGGUUACUUAUCGGAUGUGCUCCUAACUGUAGACGUGCCCAUCAUCAAUGAAUAUGUUUGUGCGAACGAAAUGAACUACCAUCCGAGUCUGAUUAAGGAGGGCAUGCUUUGUGCCGGUUAUUUGCAGGGUGGACGUGAUGCUUGUGGUGGAGAUUCCGGUGGUCCGCUGGUGUGCAACAAUAUAUUAGCCGGUAUUGUUUCGUGGGGUAUUAGCUGUGCUGUAGCCGGACAGCCGGGGGUCUAUACAAAUGUAUCCUAUUGGGCACCGUGGAUUGAAUAUCAUACCGGCAUUCAAAUUGAAGAAGAAGGUGGUAAUAACGGUACAGAAAGUGGGGGAAAUAACGGUGGUGAAACCGGGGGCAAUAACGGUACAGAAAGUGGGGGAAAUAACGGUGGGGAAACCGGGGGUAAUAACGGUACAGAAGGUGGAGGAAAUAACGCUACAGAAACUGGUGGUAAUAACGGUACAGAAAGUGGCGGAAAUAACGGUACAGAAACUGGUGGUAACGGUGGUGGAUCAGACUUUCCUCACAUUUCCCCUCUAAUGACAAUAAUAACAGUUGCUUGUGCGCUAAUGAUGAAUGCCUAAAAAAUAAUGUUAAAUGUAGUAAAU